CUCUGUGCCAGGCAAGAUGACCACAGCCAGGUAUCGGCCCACCUGGGACCUGGCCCUGGACCCCCUGGUCUCCUGCAAACUCUGCCUUGGAGAGUUCCCACUGGAGCAGAUGACCACCAUCACUCAGUGCCAAUGUGUCUUCUGUACACUGGUGAGUGCCCUUUCAACAUAUUUUACACAUCUUGUCCUCUGUAUGCAUUAGGGCUGGCACAGUAAUUGUAUAAUUGUGUAACUGACGAUUAUGGGUGAAGACCGUCAUAAAAAUAAAAUAACCGUCAUAACCGUUUUUAAAGGUUACAAAAUGUAAAAGAUAAAAAAGUACGCCUGGUUUACGUCUAACAACCGAUGAUAUAAUGACACGAGAGGAGGCAAAACUAGCCCGUUUUUAGAAUUUUGUGUUGUGGAACAAACAGCUAACUGAAGAUGGGACGGUUGGCAUUCAAAAAGAUGACAUGUGCGAUUGAAUCCGUUUCCGCAGUAACAUGGACUAAAAAUGUGUUGCUUAGCAAGGUGUUGUAGCAAACGAAGAAUCGGUUCCCUAGGCAAUGCCCCAACCCCCAGCCCCCCCCCCCCCCCCCCCUCCCUGCAGCAGUAGCACAUGCAGUCAAGAGUGGAGGAGAGGGGAAAAUGUGCGUGAACCAGGCUUACUUUUACUUUGCUGCUUUUGGGUAAAGUUUGUCGACUUGAAUAUGAAGUUAAUAAAAAAAAGAUGUAUAUAUUUUUGUAUGCCAGGAGGCUGAAACUUGACCGCAAGUGAAUAUUCCAGAAAGACAAUAACCCAAAGCACACAUCAAAAUCCACAAAGAAAUUGUUAAUUGACCACAAAAUCAACAUUUUGCAAUGGCCAUCUCAGUCUCUGGACUUGAACCCCAUUGAAAACGUGUGUUUUGAAUUGAAGAGUGCAGUCUAUUAGCACAGAUUUUACAUUUUAGUAAUUUAGCAGACGCUCUUAUCCAGAGCGACUUCCAAUUAGUGAGCGCAUACAUUUUUCAUACUGGCCCCCCGUGGGAAUGAACGUGCAGAUGAAGGAUAUCAAGGAUCUGGAAAGAUUCUGUAUGGAGGAAUGGUCUAAAAACCCUCCCAAUGUGUUCUCCAAUCUUAUAAAACAUUUUAGAAAAAGGCUCAGUGUCGUUAUCCUCGCAAGGGGAGGGUGCUGAAGUAUUAGAAACAGGGAAUCCAAUCAUUUUGACCCAUAUCUUUUUUUCUAUUUAAACAAAAUCUCCUUCUCUGAGCAAUUGUAUUAAUUUAAAAUAUAUACAGUGGGGAGAACAAGUAUUUGAUACACUGCCGAUUUUGCAGGUUUUCCUACUUACAAAGCAUGUAGAGGUCUGUAAUUCAUAGGUACACUUCAACUGUGAGAGACGGAAUCUAAAACAAAAAUCCAGAAAAUCACAUUGUAUGAUUUUUAAGUAAUUAAUUUUCAUUUUAUUGCAUGACAUAAGUAUUUGAUACAUCAGAAAAGCAGAACUUAAUAUUUGGUACAGAAACCUUUGUUUGCAAUUACAGAGAUCAUACGUUUCCUGUAGGUCUUGACCAGGUUUGCACACACUGCAGCAGGGAUUUUGGCCCACUCCUCCAUACAGACCUUCUCCAGAUCCUUCAGGUUUCGGGGCUGUCACUGGGCAAUAUGGACUUUCAGCUCCCUCCAAAGAUUUUCUAUUGGGUUCAGGUCUGGAGACUGGCUAGGCCACUCCAGGACCUUGAGAUUCUUCUUACGGAGCCACUCCUUAGUUGCCCUGGCUGUGUGUUUCUGGUCGUUGUCAUGCUGGAAGACCCAGCCAUGACCCAUCUUCAAUGCUCUUACUGAGGGAAGGAGGUUGUUGGCCAAGAUCUCGCGAUACAUGGCCCCAUCCAUCCUCCCCUCAAUACGGUGCAGUCGUCCUGUCCCCUUUGCAGAAAAGCAUCCCCAAAAAAUGAUGUUUCCACCGCCAUGCUUCACGGUUGGGAUGGUGUUCUUGGGGUUGUACUCAUCCUUCUUCUUCCUCCAAACACGGCGAGUGGAGUUUAGACCAAAAAGCUAUAUUUUUGUCUCAUCAGACCACAUGACCUUCUCCCAUUCCUCCUCUGGAUCAUCCAGAUGGUCAUUGGCAAACUUCAGACGGGCCUGGACAUGCGCUGGCUUGAGCAGGAGGACCUUGCAUGCGCUGCAGGAUUUUAAUCCAUGACGGCGUAGUGUGUUACUAAUGGUUUUCUUUGAGACUGUGGUCCCAGCUCGCUUCAGGUCAUUGACCAGGUCCUGCCGUGUAGUUCUGGGCUGAUCCCUCACCUUCCUCAUGAUCAUUGAUGCCCCACGAGGUGAGAUCUUGCAUGGAGCCCCAGACCGAGGGUGAUUGACCGUCAUCUUGAACUUCUUCCAUUUUCUAAUAAUUGCGCCAACAGUUGUUGCCUUCUCACCAAGCUGCUUGCCUAUUGUUCUGUAGCCCAUCCCAGCCUUGUGCAGGUGUACAAUUUUAUCCCUGAUGUCCUUACACAGCUCUCUGGUCUUGGCCAUUGUGGAGAGGUUGGAGUCUGUUUGAUUGAGUGUGUGGACAGGUGUCUUUUAUACAGGUAACGAGUUCAAACAGGUGCAGUUAAUACAGGUAAUGAGUGGAGAACAGGAGGGCUUCUUUAAAAAAAACUAACAGGUCUGUGAGAGCCGGAAUUCUUACUGGUUGGUAGGUGAUCAAAUACUUAUGUCAUGCAAUAAAAUGCAAAUUAAUUACUUAAAAAUCAUACAAUGUGAUUUUCUGGAUUUUUGUUUUAGAUUCCGUCUCUCACAGUUGAAGUGUACCUAUGAUAAAAAUUACAGACCUCUACAUGCUUUGUAAGUAGGAAAACCUGCAAAAUCGGCAGUGUAUCAAAUACUUGUUCUCCCCACUGUGUGUAUAUAUAUAUAUAAGAAUAUGCAUACAAUAUACUGUAGCUCAGUAUUUGUAUUAUUUAUUUUAUGCAGUCUUUUUUGCUCAUCUUUAUCAAGGGAUCCAAUAAUUCCUCACCCCACUGUACCUCACAUACCUAGUUAAUACCUAGAUCUAGGACCUAUUGCGAGUGAGCGACUCCUACACACGUCAGUCCAUGGUAAGCCUACCAGGGUCAAACCCUGAAACCUCACUGCGACUUUAAAUCCCUUCUCGACUUCCUGAUCUUGCUAUUUUGUUUAGAUUGUAUGUACAGAAAUAUAACUUGUAUCUUCCAAUGUUUACAUGUCAUUAAACUACACUGAACUACAUUUCUCCUACAGUCAAUCUGGACUGUUGUCCGGUUGCAUGAAUUCAGAGGAGAGGCAAAUGGACAUUUGACCUGCCAAGCAAGCUGAUACCACAGCCACGACUCUCCCAACAUGGGAAACGCCUAAACAUGCUUAAAAACUCGGCAUCAUCCAGCCCCUUUUAUCCCCAACCUUAAUAUUAUUCACGCUAUUUGUCUUGGCACUCAGUGUUUUUGGAGAGUGGAAGAAAUUCAAAACAUGAAAAACCAUUUUGUUUUCCAAAGCAUAAAAAUUGAGAGGCAUAAAAAGUCAACUCGGUGACAAAUAUCAGGUGUGCUGUUCUUGUGGCCUAUUUGAACAGUGAAGCAUCACACCAAUAACAAGUUCUGAUAAUACCGUUCCUGUUCACUGGAGCUCAGUCAGAGCUAUGAAAGAGCAAUGGCUUUUAGUUUGGGAGUAAACUAACAUUUACUGCAGUUGCUUAUAGGGAAUGGGCUGGAUUUGUAGCAAGCUUACAUCUUGUAGCUGAGAGGAACCUUAGUUUAGAAGUCCCUCUAUCGCUGUCUCAUUAAUGAUAAAAGGCUUUCAUUAGGAUGUUAUGUGGUUAGCAUGCUCCUCUUCUGCUAACCAGACACUGUAAAUAAAGAAAUAGAUAGCAGAAUGAAUAGUCAAUGCCAAAAGCAGAGAACAUCUACUACGGGGUUCAGAGAGGGAGAGGCACAUUGGAGGUUGUUGUCGCGCCACACAAUAAGCCUACACAUUUUCUGAUUGACUGCGUGGCCAUAGAAUGAGGUCAAUGUUAUGCUCUUCUUUUUCUUUCAGUGCCUGAAGCAGUAUGUGGAACUCCUGAUCAAAGAGGGCCUUGAAACUGCUAUUAGCUGUCCAGACUCU